GAGGUGGAGCACGGCUAGAGGCACUGGCAAAGCAGCCCUGGCCUCUCCGGUGCGAGGGCUCCUCUCUGCACAGCCCACACCAUGCUGCUGGCACUGCUUCUCCCCUUCCUGUGCCUCCUGAGCCCGGCUGCUGCUGGGAAGCUGCUGGUGAUCCCCAUGGAGGGCAGCCACUGGCUCAGCAUGAAAAAAGUGCUGCUCGAGCUGAGCAAGAGAGGGCACGAAAUCGUGGUCAUUGCACCGGACAACACACUCCUGAUUGAUUCCUCGGGUGUCUACGAACUGAAAACCUACCCUGUGCCAUUCACAAAGGAGGAUAUGGAAGAACACAUACGGUCUACUACUGCAAGAACUUUCAGCCAAGAGCCUUUCCUGGUGAGAUUCUGGAAGCUUUUGGGAGAUUACAAGAAGAGUGGGACCCUUUUUCAUGCUUCCUGCAAGUCCUUGCUGUACAACCAAGAGCUGAUGCAGUACAUCAGAGACAGUCACUUUGAUGCCCUGCUCACAGAUCCCAUGUCACCUUGUGGGCAGAUCAUUGCCCUGCACUUCUCCAUCCCCAGCGUUUUCUUCCUGCGGCUGGUUCCGUGUGCCUUCGAGGUUCGCGCCGCUCAGGGCCCAGACCCACCAUCCUACGUGCCACGCAUUUUCUCGGGAAACACCGACCACAUGACCUUCUCCGAGAGGGUGAAGAACUUCCUGAUUGCCCUUUCCGAGUCCUUCAUCUGCAACAUUGCCUACUCUCCGUUUGAAGAGCUGGCCUCAGAGUUCCUCCAAAAGCCAAUGACAAUGACAGAGCUUUUAAGUCAUGGAUCCAUCUGGCUGAGGAGGAUCGACUUUGUCUUUGAGUAUCCCAUGCCUGUCAUGCCCAACAUGGUUUUCAUUGGAGGCAUCCACUGUGGAGAGAAGAAGAAGCUGUUAUCUCAGGUCAGUGGCUGGCUGGGAGAGCUUGUGGCAGUCACACCUCUGCCUGAUCCAAGUGAGGUGUUUGAUAGGGAUGUAUCUUCUCUCUCCCGGAGGGAGACUAUUUACAAGAGCCUGAAGUGAUGGUACAAGAGCAAUGGCUUUAAGCUGUCAGAGGAAAGGAUUAGAUGGGAUAUUGGGAAGGAAUCCUUCCCUGAGAGGGUGGGGAGGCCCUGGCACAGGUUGCCCAGAGAAGCUGUGGCUGCUCUAGCCCUGGAAGUGUCCCAGGCCAAACUAGAUGACGCUUGGAGCAACCUGGGAUAGUGGAAGGUGUCCCUGCCCAUGGCAGGGGGUGGAAUGGGAUGAGCUUUAAGGUCCUUUUCAAUCCAAACCAUCCUGGCAUUCUUCAAUGACCAGGUCCCUCUUUCAAACUGUUGUUUUGUGUCAUGGAUUU